AUGUUGGUGACCGACGUCGAUGACUGCGUUGUGUCCGUCGACAUCAACGUCGACGUGAACGUGCUGCUGGAAGAAGGUGUUGACCUUCGCGAGGUGGCUGGCUGA